CGCAUGCGCUCCAGCUGUGUGCCGAGCAAAUGGCGGGCGCGUAGAGACACGUGAUAAUAUAGAAAAUUCAAAACAUUAGCAAACUGAGUACAGAUACAUCACAAAAUGCCGAAAGCGUUCAAAGUUCGUAGCCAAAUCAAGAAAGCUAUUCAUCCAAAUUCAAGGAAGGCGUCCCAGCUCGCUAGAUCUGCCCAUCGCGACGAGAAACUGCAGAGAAAAAAAGAUGAAAGAACACACAUGCUUGAGGUGAAAGUUGGUGAUAAAUGUCGGUGGUUUUAUGAGCAUAUUGAUGACACCAAGACAAGAUAUACGGCACAGGAGGUCCGGGACUUGAUUGAAAUGUAUCUACACCGGUUUGACGAUGAGCUCCAGAAGAUUGAGGAGCUCAACAAUGUUGUCAAAGGUCGCCAGAGAAUGCAUGUCAACAAAGAGGAUGCCAUGAGAACCAUCAUUAAAGUUGAGAGAGAGCUUUUCUCAACUGGAGGCCUUGAAAUCCCUGAUCUGACAUCUGCAAAAAACUUUGAGCUUUUCAAAAUCUGGAACUGUGACAUGAAGAACUUUGCUCCAAUCAAAAUGAAAUUAUUCUCCAACACCCAGUCGUCCAAAGAAUCAGAUGCCUCAAAUGAAAUUACAGAAAACACAACUGAAAUGGAAGCAAAAAACUGACGUUAUCAACUUGAACAUUGUUUUAACCUGUUAUAAUUAUAAAUAUGUCAAAGGGUUUUUAAUCAUGGUAAAACCAUGAUUUUUCCCCAGGGCCCUUCAAAGGCGUGAGGUCUUUUAGAGCAGCGAGUGAGUUACCAGAUGCUAUCUUUGGUUCAUUUUUUUAUGUCUGAAUGUUUUAUUAAGGGCCUGAUAUACAUGUUUUUCUAAUAUGUUCAAAGUAGCGUGACCUACGUAUUGCACUACGAUGGCUUGUUGCGUGACAAUGGCUUGUGACAAAGGUCGGUUGCGUGACAAUGGUCUGUUGGGUGACGUUGGCUUGUGACAAUGGUCUGUUGCGUGACAAUGGCCUGUUGCGUGACAAUGUUGUGACAUGACGUGCUGUGUAACAUUGCUUUUUCGUGGCAAGUACCUAUUGCGGUACAAGGUCUUAAAGCAUGGCAUCUCGAUGCAUAGACCUUGUUGAUCGAGCUCGCAAGCCAUAAAGUGAUAGAAAAAAUUGAGACGAUUCGCAAAGUGUUAUGAUGUUUCUGAGCGGGCCAUACGGGAAUAUGAGGCCUACUUAUCAACUAACGAGAGUGGGCUUAUCAGGUUGGCACGUGAAAUGGUCUCGUUUUCAGUCUGUGCUGAAUCUAGGUGGAGGGGGGGUAUUACUUACUAAGAGAACAAUACCACAAUAAACAUAAUAAAAACUUUAUUUCGAGGUCA